AUGGCUGUGGAAAGCAUGACUGUCCAUCCAAACUCCCCAACAACAACCAACCACGAACACAGUCUUCUCACUGACGAAAGGUCGAGUAAUUCUACAAUCAUAUUUCUAUCAAACUAUUUAUUUGUCCUGUGCUUUUUAGGCAUAAAAAGCCCGGGUUUCUUUUUCCUUUUUCUUUCAAAGGGAUUAAAGUCGCCUUUUUCUGGGGAACAAGUACAGAGGUAACGAACGCCAUCUUGAAACGUUGCUCAGCGCAAACUGGAAGGUCAAAUAUGAACCUGGGAUCUGUUCACUUUGAAUAAGUAUUUCAAGAAGUUAUUUUAAGAAAAAAUACCAUCAGUUCAAAUAACUGAUCCAGCAAAGUUGCAUCCCCAUCAAAGUAGAGACCGAAUGAAGAAAAAUAUGAUUUUAUUGCUUGCUAAUUGUCCACCAUUAACUUAACUAGCAAAAAUUCAUUUCUGAAUAGAUGUCCAAUUAGUUAAUGUCCAAAACGUUUUUGAACACAAAAGCUUUGCAAAAUUGAAUUGCAAAGAGAGGGCUAGCUAACGUUCCAACUCGCUAGCUAGUUGGCUAGCUGGCUGCCAUCCGUGAAAAAAAGCCCGUUUGCAAACUAUCCGCCAAGCCAAUAGGGCGAAUUUAAACAGUUUCCUAAUUAAUCAUUACAUUCUAGGUUUUUCAGGUCAGAUAAACGAUUUGAUUAAUAGCCAGUUGUUGGACAUCGUAUGUAUUUCCUUUAUUAGUACUCCAGCUAAGUAACGAGGUGGCUAACUAGUUACGCUAGCUAACUACGCAGUUUAUUUCUUUGCUAGUUAGCUUGCCAGCCAAUCUAGCUAGUAAGCCAAGGCCGCCAUUGUGCCUGCCUUUUUAGCAACUAACUAGUUAUGUUGAAAAAAAAUUGUCAUUGGAAUUGAUGCAGAUUGUCAAUUGUCACCCUAUAUAUAUGCGAAUAAAAUUAAUUGGUUCGAUUAGUUAACGUUAGCUAGCUAUGAAGUUCACUAUUGGUCCAAAGUCUAACGUUAACUAAGCAAACUAGCUAGGGAUUGAUAGAACAUUUAAUCACUAACAAAUUGCUACAAUUCCAAGGCGCGAAAUUGAUCAUACUAACUAGUCAGCAACAAUGUAACAAAAGUGAUUGUACAAUUAUUUUAGUGUUCUCAUCUCCACUUGAAAUAUGUUUGUGCCACCCAUAAUUUUUUGUUGUUGUAAUUACUAGAUUUGUACAUGAAUGGAUUUUCAAAAAUUCACUUCCAUGCACGUUCAGGAAAAUUGCCGAAUUUCGUGCCCCUAUAAAGUUUUCCCAUUCUCUCUUCUCAGGACAGACUGCUAUUUUACUUUAGAUUGUUAUCCCAAACACCCACCAAAUCCCAGAACUGAGUUGAACGUUUGCAAAGCAUUUCAGAUGUCUAAAAAGUCAAGUAAAACACAAACGUUACCUGAUUGCCCUGUCUGUCUUCAGCAUCCCCCCAACCCAACCCAACCCCCAACCCCCCAAGUUAUGCCAUUCCACAAACCCUAAUAAUAAAGUGGGGAGACCACUAUUAUCUUCCAAAAACUUUUUGGGGGAAAUGGUCAUACCAGUGCUUUUGAGUGAAGAAAACCUCUCACAGUAAGUACUUCCCAUCAUUUUGAUAAAGGCCCAUUGUUUGUAGUUUAAUUCAUUAUUAGGGAACUUUUUCACCUUUUUCAUUAAGCAGUAAUCCUGUUGUGAUGAUGCAUGAAUAGUAUUGUAAAAUGUAUUUGUAAGCGAAAACGUCAGUUUACAUUAGUGAUUGGUAUUUUCAGUAUUAACUCAGUUUAUGCUCUUGGAACCACAUAGUGUGUGUCCAGUGCGCACACACAACUUUAUAGCAACUGUAAAGGUUGUCUUGUUUGAAGUGUGAUUAUCCAAGCCUAUCCUUAGAUUGCGGAUGAUUUAUUUUUAUUAGGCUAUAUAUUUGGAUCCAACUGUAACUUUUUUCUGUUCAUAGUUCCUUGGGCAUUGUUCCUUGGCGUAGAGUAGACUAGAGCAUUAUCAAAUUGGCAGUAGUGAGUGCUGUCAUAUCCUGACCCUUCUGUUGUUAUUAGAGUGAUUCAUCAUUUUUUUGGGAAAAUCGUGAUGUAGGCUAUAAAACCCAGAGGAGGCUGUUGACAGGUGCUUUGCAUUUGCCAUUUAACACAUUUGUCAGGAAAUCUGACCUGCCUGACAAUAUCAUUUUCAUAUACAACUCUUUAUUACAGUAAUGUUAGAAACCAAAACCCCUGUAACCUCCGUUUGAAAUAGGCUACUACAUAAAGAAUGUUGUAAGAGUAAGUUUUCAUUCAGUACAAGACAAGAUGGAUUUGGCCAGACCCUAACAUAUCUUUGCACAGCUAAAUGGUUAGGCAUACAUACUCUCAGCCAAUGGGAGUGCAGUGGUGGAAAAAUCAUCCAAUUGACAUAAAAGUAAAUAUACCUUAAUAGAAAAUGACUCAAGUAAAAGUGAAAUUCACUCAGUAAAAUACUACUUUAAAUAUACUUAAGUAUAAAAUGUAAUUGCUAAAAUAUACUUUAUAAGUAUCAAAAGUAAAAGUAUAAAUCAUUUAAAAUUCCUUAAAUUAAUCAAACCAGACGGCACCAUUUUCUUGUUUUUAUUUAUUUACGGAUAGCCAGGGGCACGCUCCAACCCUCAGACAUAAUUUGCUGUACAAACGAAGCAUGUGUUUAGUGAGUCCGCCAGAUCAGAGGCAGUAGGGAUAACCAGGGAUGUUAUCUUGAUAAGUGUGUGAAUUAGACCAUUUUCCUGUCCUGCUAAGCAUUCAAAAUAUAACCAGUACUUUUGGGUGUCAGGGAACAUGUAUGGAGUAAAAAGUACAUCAUUUUCUUUAGGAAUGUAGUGAAGUAAACGUAUAAAGUUGUAAAAAAUAUAAAUAGUAAAGUACAGAUACCCAGAAAAACUACUUAAGUAGUACUUUCAAGUAUUUUUACUUAAGUACUUUACAUCACUGUGGGAGUGGCACACCUCUGUAGAAGUAUAGGUUGGCUUGGCUGGCAUCUGAACUGAGCAAAAUCAUGAUAAAGCAUUUUGCUUGUCCGCAGAAUACUCAAUAUUUGUACCUGGCACCCCACUAGGGAAAGGGGCCAGGAGUCGGAGCUGUGUCAGUAGAGCCUUUGUUCUGUGUAUGUGUCCAUGUCAGUCCAUAGAACCUCCAGCAAUGCAAAGCUCUGCGCUCAUCAAGAAUGGCCUCCUUGUGCCUCUUGAAGGACGUGAGUGUUUGCGUGACUGCCAUGACAGAUAUUGAUUUAAGGGUUGGUUGUGCUGAGUUAAAUUAUGUUGACUCUAUUGUUUUAUGCCAGGUUGUAAAACCAUGCCAUUGAGAAUGAAGGAAAAAAUGGUUUUUAUCAACUUGCAGUUUUACAUGAAUUUGGUUUAUUUAAGAGUGACUAGAUCUAGGGUGGCAGGUAAGGUAGAGAGAUCUAUAUCUGGUCCCGCUCUGGCUGAGAGUAAACUUAGGAUAACUAAACAUAAUGAGGAGCAGGAGACUUUAGUAAGACCCAGAAACCCCCGGGCCCAGUAGGAUGUCAUGUCCUACAUAGGAAGUUAGUAUGUUGAGGAUGUGGUGUGAGUAUAAAGAGAGAUCAGUCAACAUUUAUUUGUGUCAAUUGGCCUAUAGGCUUAUGUCCACAGAUUGGGUCUGUAUGCUCAGAGUAUAGUCUAUUCUAUAGCCUACAUCUUACUCCUUUUACUACCCAAACCAUUUCUGUGUACUUUGGCCAAAAGUCAUAAUUCGAAUCCAGUCUGUAUUUGAAUAAUCAAAUAAAGGCCUAACUUGUACCAUUUUGAAGUUAGGCUAUACCAGACACUGAAAGCGAGACUGUUACUCAAGCCUGCUCUGAUCAGUGUCAGCAAAUAUCCGUUCACUCUGUAGGCAGGACUCGAUGGCUAAAGUGACACUUCAAAUGGACAUGGUGGUCAUAUCCUACUUCUCACCACCACCACCACACAUGCCUUAUUGUCACGCCAAUGUAUUUCAGUAAAUCAUGUAAUGGCGUCUCUGUGUGAAACUACACCUUGAAAUCUGGCCAGGGGAAAAAGUGACUGUUUCUGAUUUCUUGUUGUCUGUGUUCUCUAGCUACAUUUAGGCCUAGCUAUUCCAGUUGUAAUACAGUUUUGACCGUUGCAGUUUCCUGUGUAACGUUUGAGAUCUGAAUUGGUUGUUGGUGAAAUAUUUUUCAUCUUCUUCUUACUGGUCUUCACUGAUAAAUAGCAGACUGUUUAAGAUUAUUUUUGUUAUGUAAACACUUCUGUCUCCCUGCACAGGAAUGACUAACUCGAUUUAGUGAUGGGCCUAUUGCUUUCAAAAUGUCCUUGAAAUAGUGUUGAAUGUUGAUGUUGAAUCCACCCUGUUAAAUGAAGGCCAACGGAUUGCCAAUGUCCAGUCCAGCAGUUGGGACCUACUGAAUCCCCCUCCCCCACCAGUUGCAUCAUCAUAGUUGCAUCACUCAACUUUUCCCAGUCCAUAGAGACAAAACAGUGAAGCUCAAAGUGGACACAUUACACACACAUGGAAAUGUCAUACCUAUAUUGAAAUGCUGUUCACAGAGAAACUUGCUGUUACUGAUUGCUGUCCCAUCUAUUAACUGCCAUAUAAUUUGUUUACCACAGACCACACCCACCUUAUCCCUGACCCCCCCCCCCCCCCCCCCCCCCCCCCCCCCCCCACAGCCCUUACACCCUAGCAGUCCUAUCUCCAGCAUACAGUCAGUAGGCCUAUGCCUAUGUGAUUAAUCUAAGAAAAACAUGAUCUUGCCCUCUGACUUCAGCAGACACUAGGUCCUUCAUGUCACCCACAAUAACAGCCAACCGUCAACCCAGUCACCCAAACACAACACUCAUAACUCAUCAGAAUGUUACAGCAGAGCAGCCUACAUUGUGUCUUGUUUUUUGUGUGAACGGUGAUGUGAUUUAAUGUUUGAUGAGUUCAGAGAAACGCAACUCUCAGACAUUGUGACAGGAUAGGAUAACAACAGCUGAUUGGUCCUGAGGAUAACCACGUUAUCUCCACUGUCCAUACAAACGUACAGAAACGCACAAGGAAACGCCAUAAUUAGCGACUGAAACCCACAAAUUGAAUUACUGAAGUUAGAACAUGAGGGAAAUGACUCCCUCGGGCUAUACAAGUUAUCAAUAUAAAAUGUGUAGAACAGGUACACCUGAAGCUCGCCAUGUUACCUCUACCAUGAAAAAGGAAUUAUCCAAAUUCCCAACCUAGCAGUCGCGGUUGUUAAUGCCAUUUUAUUCCACUUUACUUUUCCCCAGACAAAAAGCUUUGAUCCCGUUAUUAUUAUUGGCGGGUGGUGGCAUCUAGGAAUGUAAUGUUCACCACCCAGGAACCCUCCAUCUGUCCCAUACUGGGAGUCCAAACAUGAACUAUGCAGAUUAGAUCAGAGUGUGGUUUGAACAGCAUUUUGAUGUCCUCUCUAUCUGUUCUCUGUUUGUCACAGGCGUGAGGAUGGUGAGCUGGAAGAGGGGGAGCUGGAGGAUGAUGGUGGAGAGGUGGAGGUGGCAGAGGAGCCCAGCGCCGGGGGAGGAGGAGAAGAUGGAGGUGAAGAUGAAGGAGCAGCAGCAGCAGUAGCAGAGGCAGCCCCCCCAGAGAAAACUCACCGCAGCAAAGAGCGCCACGCCAGCGGCGACGAGAAGGACGAAGAGAAGGCCCGCCGCCACAAGAGGAAGAGGAGAAAAGAGAGGGAGCGGGAGAAGGAGAAGAGGAGAGCCAAGAAAAGACGCAAAUCCAAGCACAAAGUAAGAGUGUGUGUUCCACAUUCAGCUCGGGCUUUACAGACCCUUCAGAUCAGGGAUGUUAUUGCUUUCUUACUGUUUAGUCUAAAGAUGUUUCUUAGUACAUUGUCACUCAGCCUAUCGCUCUUUCUGUGUUGUGUGUGUGGUGUUACAGCGUCAUGCCUCCUCCAGUGAUGACCACUCAGACUUUAGCGAUGACUCUGACUACAGCCCCAGUGAGAAGAGGAAGUAUCGGGACUACAGUCCUACGUACCCCCCUUCUGUAAGUUACCCCAUUGCAGUACUCUAAAUCACAUGAUUGAAGAUACUUGCUGUGGAGUUGCUAGUCUGUUUGUUACCAUGUAGUUACAGUGGUCUAACAAUGAUUGUUUGUUUCCUACCCAGUCCCUUGGAAGUUACCCACCAGCCCCGUCCUCCGGCCACGGUGGCCUCAUGCCUAAGAAGGGCAGCUACGUAAAGAUGGACAAGCAAGGCUACGGGGGCUACGGUGAUUACGAAGAGGAGAACUACGAGGGAGAGGAGGAUGAGGAGAUGGGGGAUGAAGACUACGAUGACUUCACCAAGGAGCUCAACCAGUACCGCAAGGCCAAAGAGGGAGGCAGCGGCGAUGGAGGUGGAAGGGGCAACAGUCGUGGGGGCAGAGGUAGCAAAAAUGGGGUCAGAGGUGAAUUGAACGACCCUUACUAGUUUGCUUGCAGGUUCCCGCGUGCCGUGGAGAUGCUGACAGGUAUUGACAGUGUUUCAUUUUCUUUCUCCACAGGAGGUAAAGGUCGUAUGAAGAACCAGCGAGGUCGAGGAGGCAUGAGAGGAGGAGGGCGUGGCGGUAGAGGAAGAGGAGGGAGCAGGGGUCGGGGACGAGGGAGCAAGAUGGGUGGAGACAACGAGGACGGAGACGGGAUGAUGUACGGAGGGGGAGGAGGAGGAGGAGGAGGGGGGGGGGAGGAGGAGACGAGAUGGAGGUGAGUCAAAGACGGUCAUCCUCUGGCCCCAGAUGCACAAACCAUGUGAAAUGAUCUAUCAAUGAUACUGGUGUGUUUGCUAAAGCAGGAAAGUGUUGAAAAUCUCAGGAAAGUAUAUUGUGUUUUGUUUCUGAAUUGUUCCUCAUCAAGUUGAUGUUGUGUUCUAGUAUGGAGAUGAUGACUAUGACCACAUGGGUGAAGAUGACUAUGAUGAAUACUCUCAGUACAGGAAGUCCAAAGACCGUGGAAGGGGUGAGUUGGCUGUCAGAAUGUGAAGGAUUACCACUAUUAUUCAUACUACACAAUACUUAGUCAUGCUACUGUAAUACAGACAUGCUAGGUUAGCUGUUCUGAUGUCCUUCCUAAGUAAACAUGCUUUGCACCCGAUCCAAAACGGUUGCCUGUCUUGUUCCAUUGUAGUCCACUGAUGAAGUGUCUCUCCCUGCUCCAACCAGGUGGUAAAGGUGGGCGGGGGCGGGGCCGGGGGAAACAGGGACGUGGUAUGAACCGGGGAGGCCGAGGGAGGAACCGAGGGAGAGGCCGAGGAGGCGGAGACCAGGGUCACGAUGAGGACAACAAUGGAGACGUGGGGGACAUGGGGGUGAGAAUAAAACCAACUACAACACCUUACAGACCUGCUCGCUGCUCUGAAUGAAUAUUCAACCUGUACAAGUUGGAUUUCUGAUAAGGCUCUAAAUCUAGUAAUGCUUGGAAGACCUCACCGCAACGCAAAAUAGAACCUGUUUGUUUGUGUUGUGGUGCAGGAUGGCGGAGGAGGCCAGCACAACAAGCACCAGGGGGACAAGCACCAAGAAAAGAAAGGGAAAGCCAUCUGCAAGUACUACAUCGAGGGCCGCUGUACUUGGGUAAGGAAGAAAAUCAUGGAAUUUGAGCGGAGAUAAUGUUCUUGCCAGGCAUUCUCAAUAGAAUGUCAAAUCAUUCUUCUAACAGAUGUUACCGUCAACUGCUUUUUAAAAUCUUGUACUAACAUGUUGUGAUUUUGAUAGUUUUAUCUCUUUGCCAACUUUCCAGGGGGAACACUGCAACUUCAGCCACGACAUUGAGCUGCCCAAGAAGAAAGAACUCUGCAAGUUCUACAUCACCGGCUUCUGCGCGCGGGCUGAAAACUGCCCCUACAUGCAUGAUAUCCUUUACCUGCAGUCCACUUUGUAUCAGAUAGGACAUUUCAUACAUUCCCUUCAGUGUGUGUUUACAGCUAGCAUAACUAGAACUGCCAUACUAGGUGUCAAGUUUAGUAUAGCCUAAAUCAGUGCUACCCCUGGGCCGCUUUUUGAAUAUCGGGCCUAAAUGGCCAAGAGACAGUCUUUGAGUGAGUUCAGGCCAUCCAUAGUUCCUUAACUCCCCAGCACGUGAUUUCCCCUGCAAGCUGUUCCAUACCACUGGGAGCUGUGUGAAUGGAGACGAAUGCAUGUUCUCCCAUGAGCCUCUCACCGACGACACCCAAGACCUGUUAAAUAAGGUGAGCCGUCCUCAAGUGGAUUUAUACACCACUUUUCUCUGUUUCUUUAACCCUGUCACACUUUCACUCACUCUCCUCUGCGUUAACCCCUUUUGACCACCUUUUCAUCUCAUGUGUUCGUAGAUGCUGGCGGAGGAUGCCGAGGCUGGAGCUGAGGAUGAGAAGGAGGUGGAGGAGCUAAAGAAGCAGGGGAUCAACCCCCUUCCCAAGCCUCCUCCUGGGGUGGGCCUGCUCCCGACACCGCCCAGACCAGGGCCGCCCGACAACUCUGGCCCUGGGGACUUUGGACCUCCUGGACCACCACAGGGCCCCAUGUCCCCCAACGGCCUCCCCAGUCCAGGGCCUACCCAAGGGUCCGGUCCCUGUCCUGGUCCCCCUACCCCCUACCCAGACAGUGGCCCCUACCAGGGCACUCCCAACCCCAAUGGUCCCCCACCCCCAUCCAUGGGCCCCCCACCCCCCUGUCCCGGCAAUGGAGGGAAGAAGAUCCCCUCGCUGUUUGAGAUCAAGGUGCAGCCCACGGGACAGCUAGCUCAGAAACUAGCUAAUCACAGGUGAGCUUUUCACAUCCAUCCAAACCUAUUUAUGUGGCUUUUAUAGUUUGAGUAUGUACAAGGAACAUGGUAUAACUCAACAAUCCUUCUCGCUACAGAGGUCAGAACCCGGGAACUGCCACAGGCCAAGCUGGCGCCACUGGCCCCCAAGGGCUCCCCGGUGGGCCUGGUGGGCCUCCGCCUCGGUUCCCUCCACCUGGCAUGAUGCCCCCAGACAUGUCCAUGGGUCCUCCCCCACCCAUGGGCCCUGGAGGACCCCCCAUGAUGCCAGGCUUUGGCCCAGAAGGGGGGCCUAUGAUGCCCCCCGGACCUCCUCCAGGGGGUAACUUCUUUGAUAACUUCUUCAACCAGCAGCAAGACAUGAAUAUGGACGGGGUGGUGGAGGAAGGUGAGCUGAGCUGAUAUCGUAUCACAUCAUGAACGAAGCAUACAAUCACUGUUCGCAUCAGAGACUGUUGGCCCUUCCAAUAUAAUUUCAGAUUGAAUCUAAACCUGUGCUGUAAUGUGUCUCUGAGAGUGUUCUGUAUUGUAGUUGUCAACCCUCCUCCUGUACCUUCCAGGUGAUGACUUCCAGGGCUUUGGAGGGAUGGACGAGAAAGAAGGAAGAGGAUCGGGAGGAAACCAGAGCUCCAUGGGAGGCCCGGACGUCCCCGCAAACGGCGGCUUGGCCAAUCAGCAGGCGGGGAUGGGCGUGCCUGACUUCCUGCCGCCGGCCCAGCGCAUGCUGUUCAUGAGAAUCCAGCAGAAACAGCAGGAGGAUGAGGAGAGGGCCAGGCUGGCCAAGGGGGGAGGAGAGAGGGACAUGGAAGGUACGCUCUACACACACACAGACUGUAGACCAGGGGUGGGCAACAUGCGUUCAAUCAUUUUUUGUAUAUUUUUUUAUACCUAAAGGGGUCCUAAAAUUCGAAAUCAAAUAUCUAAAUGAUCCUUGGUCUGACCAUUUUAAAACAAUUCCAUAUGUUAGCUUUGUAGACACAACCUCCAGGCUUAGACUCUAGGGGGUUAAAAUACACUCCAGGCCACUCUUAAAAAAUAUAUUUUAAAAAUGUUAUUGGAUAGGAUAGAGAGAGGAAAGAUGGAGAGAGUUGCUGAAAUAGCAAUGGGCUGGAUCGACACCAUGCUGCAGCAGUACACUGGAGGCAGUGGCCUAGACCGGCCACCCAGGCCACUCUUGAAUGUCUAAAACUAGAUAGAAAGUACACUACAUGACCAAGUAUGUGGACACCUGCUCGUCCAACAUCUCAUUUCAAAAUCAUGGGCAUUAAUAUGGAGUUGGUCCCCUCUUUGCUGCUAUAACAGCCUCCACUCUUCUGGGAAGGCUUUCCACUGGAUGUUGGAACAUUGCUGCGGGGACAAGAGCAUUAAUGAGGUUGGGCACUGCUGUUGGGUGAUUUAGGCCUGGCUCGCAGUCUGUGUUCCAAUUUAUCCCAAAGGUGUUCGAUGGGGUUGAGGUCAGGGCUUUGUGUAGGCCAGUCAAGUUCUUCCACACCGAUCUCAACAAACCAUUUCUGUAUGGACCUCGCUUUGUGCACGGGGACAUUGUCAUGCUGAAACAGGAAAGGGCCUUCCCCAAACUGUUGCCAAAAAGUUGGAAGCACAGAAUCAUCUAGAAUGUCAUUGUAUGCUGUAGCGUUAAGAUUUCCAUUCACUGGAACUAAGGGGCCUAGCCCGAACCAUGAAAAACAGCCCCAGACCAUUAUUUAUCCUCCACCAAACUUUACAGUUGGCACUAUGCAUUGGAGCAGGUAGCCUUCUCCUGGCAUCCGCCAAACCCAGAUUCAUCCGUCGGACUGAAGUGUGAUUCAUCACACCAGAGAACGUGUUUGCACUGCUCCAGAGUCCAAUGGCGGCGAGGUGAUUUUAGGCUUGUGUUCGGCUGCUCGGCCAUGGAAACCCAUUUCAUGAAGCUCCCGACAAACAGUUAUUGUGCUGACGUUGCUUCCAGAGGCAGUUUGGAACUCGGUAGUGAAUGUUGCAACUGAGGACAGACUAUUUUUACGCGCUACGUUCUUCAGCACUCGGCGGUCCUGUUCUGUGAGCUUGUGUGGCCUACCACUUCACGGCUGAGCCGUUGUUGCUCCUAGACUUUUCCACUUUACAAUAACAGCACUUACAGUUGGUCGGGGCAGCUCUAGCAGGGCAGAAAUUUGACAAACUGACUUUUUGGAAAGGUGGCAUCCUAUGACGGUGCCAUGUUGAAAGUCACUGAGCUCUUCAGUAAGGCCAUGCUACUGCCAAUGUUUGUCUAUGGAGAUUGCAUGGCUGUGUGCUCGGGAGUGGCUGAAAUAGCCGAAUCCACUAACUGGAAUGGGUGUCCAAAUACGUUUGUAUAUAUAGUGUAUGUCGAAAUUAUAAUAGACCUAUACGUUUUGAAAUAAUUGCCCUUUUUCUGGGCCGCAAAUUGCUUUUGACAAACAAAUUAUUACCCACCCCUGCUGUAGACACUGUAUUGAUGUCUAUCAUGCUUAGACACUAAUAUAAUGACAAGCACAUACAAUAACAUAAACACUUCUGCUGGGCCUGGUAAACCUGGCACGCACCACUAUGGGAAAUUACUGCAGGCACCAUCUCAAUUCUCCAUAGACAAAACAAACAAUUCCCACUGACACAGUAUAAACAGUGCAUUGGCAGUGCAAACACUGCAGGACUAUGCUAUAUUGAUACAGACACCAUAUAAAUACUGGCUAGGGGUCACACUCACCCGUAUAGGCUAGGUAGAGCGCAUAAAAUAGGUUGAGUCGAGUGCAUAUGCUGUGUAAACCCUGGCUACAUCCCUGGCUGGUCCCUGGUCAAAAGUAGUGCACUGUAAAGGGAAUAGGGUGUCAUUUAGGACUCAUAAGCUGAUGGUAUGAUUAAUAAGUAGUACUGUUUUAGACCCGAAAAGUGCUUGCGUAAGUCUGUGGAAAAUGUACAGUGUUCCUGUCUCCUUUUGUUUGGUUAGAAAUUUAUAUGUGUCCCGAGGAGGCAGGAAAUGUCUGUAUGACACCGUUGACCCUCACUUGUAACCCUCAGCAGAGUCAACAUCCUCUGGGCUCUGGUUGUGUAAGACACUCCCAUGGAUCAGAUUAGUGACUCCAAUGGGCCUCUACACCCUCGCUAGGUGGAGCUGUUGGCCGAAUUUUGACCGUGGGUGGUUUUAUUUGGCACCCCAAGUUUUCUGAGCAAAAAUAAAUACACCUUUUUGUUUUUUACAUAAAAGACUGUAAAAACACCAGGAAAUCAGCUCCAAGUGUUCCCAUGCAUAAUAGAGAGAUACAUGUGAUCGUAUACAAAUGUAAGCAAGGUUUGAAAUUAUGUUUUAGUCAAAUAUUAUAUCUGUUUGGGAUUCUUGUGGUCAAAUUGUAGACUACAAAUGAUUUGUAAUUAUGUUCCGGCCCCUGGUUUUCAGUGGUUGUGGUUCUACUUCAUACCUUUCAGACCAUACGGUUGAAAUUAUGGAUUAUAUCACUGAUUCCUGUUGCUUUAUCUCCUAGGUGACUCAGCUAACUGGUACUCCAGUGAGGAUGAGGAUGGAGGCGGCAGUGUCACAUCCAUCCUGAAGACGCUCCGCCAGCAGAGCCAGGGACCCCCCAAACCUGAAGGCCCCCUCAGCGACCCCCGCCUCCAGAAAGGCUCCCCAGUGCAACCCCCCAUCCGACCGGCGGACCCCCGUCAAGGGGACCCCCGGCUGGCUCGUGACCCCCGCCUCUCCCGGGCCACAGACUCUGCCCAGGCUUUGGACUCUCCCAACCCCUCCUUGGCCUCCACCGUCGCUCCUGCAGACCCCCGCCUGGCACGGCUCGCUACCGCCACCCUCACCCCCAAACCAGACGCCCCCCUGGUGUACAAGCCCCCGCCCCUCACGGCUCCCCCUGCAGAGGAGGAGGAGACGGAGAGGGUUCUGAGGGACAAGCCUGUGCCCAUCCCCCUGGACCCCCUGAUGGGCAUGGCCCUGAGGGACCCGCGCUCACAGCUGAAGCAGUUCAGCCACAUCAAGAAGGACAUACUCCUGCACAUGCCCCUCUAUGCUAAGACAGUGACAUGGAACCCAGAGGACCUCAUCCCCAUCCUCAUCCCUAAACAGGACCUCCUCCCACUCCCCCCAGGCAUCCCCCCUGUCUCAGCCAUGGACCCCCGCCUCUCACGCAGCCAGCAGCGGAUCCACACGGCCCUCCCCCCUACCCCACCCGUCCCGGCUCCCUCCUUAGAAGCCCCAGCCUCCUCCUCCCUCCCAGACUUUGAGCUGCUCUCUCGCAUCCUCAAAACUGUUAACGCCUCAUCCGGCCCCUCUCAGUCAUCCCCUUCUCUCCCCCUUGUCCCUCCACCGGCUUUGUUGCCGGCGCCUCCUGCUUUGUUGCCCACCCCUGUCGACAAGCCUGUCGAUCCUCGAAUGGCCCGCAAAGCCACUGCUGACCCCCGGCUCCAGCCGCAGAAAUCUGCCCUGAAGCAGCCUUCAGAGUCCCCUGUCCCCCCUCUGACAGUCUCCCCUGCAGCCCCUCCAUCCACCUCCGGCUCCUCUUCCCCCACCAUCGCCCCCUACGACCCUCGGCUACUGUCAGCAGGUGGGGUGGGCUGUGGAGGGGGAGCGGGUGCAGCUGGUGGCAGCAGUGUACUAAGUGGUAUUAGUCUAUAUGACCCCCGGACUCCUAGUGCAGGUAAACUUGAGGGCCCUGGUACCGCCACAAACACAACCCCCAGCAGCGGCCCUGCAGAGCCCAAGCCCAGUGAGGCAGCGCCAGCCAAGCCAAAGGCCAAGGAGCCCCUGUUUGUCCGUAAGUCUGCCCUGGACCAGCCGGAGCCAGAGAAGAGCAGCGAGCAGUCCACUGACCGCUACAACAGCUAUAACCGGCCCAGGCCCAAGCCUGCACCCUCGCCGUCCACCGGGCCCCCCGGAGGUCCUGCUGCCUCUGGCUCCUCCACGGCCGGACAGGGCCCCCCUGGUGCUGCUGAGCAGGCCCCGGCGGGCGUCCACAACCUGCCUGUGUCCUCGGUCUUCAGCAUGGUGAAACAGGCCAGCAAGCCCAGCGGUUCCGGCAGUCCCUUUGGUGGGAACAGCCCUGCCCAGCCUGGCGACACCACCACCACCACGGAGCAGGACAAUGCCUCUCUGAAGGAGGUUUUUAAAGGCUUUGACCCCACGGCAUCACCCUUCUGCCAGUGA